AUGGCGGCGCCUGGACGACGCGCAGAGCAGGGAACCGCAGCCGCUAUCGCGGCCGAGGAGAAGAUCGGCGACCCCAACUUUCAGCCCUGCGAAAACCCCGCCUUUCUGCAGAAGCGCCUCGCCCUCUUCGAGGCGCUCUACGAGAAGCAGACGCAGGCGGUGAAGGAGAAGCCGCGGAAGGAAAUCGCAGUCGAGCUCCCCGACGGCAGCAAGAAGGAGGGCACUGCCUUCGAGACUAGCCCCUACGACGUCGCCGUGCAAAUCUCCAAGGGCCUCGCAGAUGCGUCGCUCGUCGCCAAGGUUCUCUACGUCGAGCCGGGCGUCGGCGCAGAGGCUUCCAUCACCGCGGCGGACGACGACGAGGAGAGCUGCGCAUGCGGCAACCACGAGGGAGAGGAGGCGAACGGAGAGAAGGAAAAGUGGAUGCUUUGGGAUCUGAAGCGGCCGCUCGAGGGUUCCUGCAAACUUCAGCUCCUCAAGUUCGACGCGGACGAAGCCAAGCACGUCUUUUGGCACUCCAGCGCGCACAUCCUCGGUCAGUCGAUUGAGGCGUGUUUCGGGGCGCAACUGACUGUGGGACCGGCGCUGACGAACGGGUUUUACUAUGACGCGUACAUGGGGUCGGCGACGGUGACGGAGGAGAGUUACGCGCAGCUGGAGAAGGCGGCGCAUCGCGUGAUCAAGGAGGAUCAGCCAUUUCGGCGGCUAGUGUGUUCGCGGCAAGAGGCGCUCGAGUUGUUCGCCGACAACCCGUUCAAGGUGCAGCUGAUCCGCAGCAAGAUCCCGGCCGACGGCCGCACCACCGUCUACCGCUGCGGGCAGUUGGUCGAUCUGUGCCGCGGGCCGCACGUGCCGUCGACGGGCAAGGUGAAGGCCUUUCAGGUCUCCAAGCACUCGGCGACCUACUGGCUCGGGCGGCAGAACCUCGACUCGCUGCAGCGCGUCUACGGCGUCUCCUUCCCCGACAAGAAGCAGCUCAAGGAGUACCUGCAGCUGCUCGAGGAAGCCAAGAAGCGCGACCACCGCGUCGUGGGUCAAAACCUCCACCUUUUUUUCUUCGACACAAACGUUUCGCCUGGGAGCUGCUUCUGGCUGCCGGACGGCGCCAAGGUGUACAACAAACUGUGCGAAUUCAUGCGCGAGGAGUACCGCUUCCGCGGCUUCCAAGAAGUGAUUUCCCCCAACAUUUUCAGCUGCGACUUGUGGAAGACCUCGGGUCACUACCAGAACUACAAGGAAAACAUGUAUCUGUUUGAUGUCGAGGGCAAGGAGUGGGGUCUGAAGCCGAUGAACUGCCCCGGACACUGCAUUAUGUUCAAGCACUUGGCGCCUUCCUACCGGCAGCUGCCGCUGCGCCUCGCGGACUUCGGUGUGCUGCAUCGCAACGAGCUGUCGGGCAGUCUGACCGGUCUCACCCGCGUCCGGCGCUUCCAGCAGGACGACGCGCACAUCUUUUGCCGCAUGGAUCAGGUCAAGAAGGAGGUCGCGGACGCGCUCGCCUUCCUCUUUUACGUCUACGAGCAGUUCGGCUUCUCCUUCGAGCUCUUCCUCUCCACCCGCCCGAAGAAGGCCCUCGGCGAACGCGCCGUUUGGGACGCUGCGGAGCAGGCGCUCAAGGAGGCGCUCGACCAAGUCGGCAAGCCCUGGCAGCUGAACGCCGGUGAUGGCGCCUUCUACGGUCCCAAGAUCGACAUUCGCCUGUGGGAUGCGCUUAAGCGUCCUCAUCAGUGCGGCACGAUUCAGCUCGACUUUCAGCUGCCAAUUCGCUUCAACUUGCAGUACCGCACGCAGGACGAAGCCCAGGCAGCCGCGCCCGACGCGAAGGAGGCGAAGGAGAAGCGCUGCGAAAACGGCGCGGAGGAGAAGGACGAGGUCCAGGCGGACGCGAACGUGGAGCAGCCCCUCCGCCCUGGCAUGGCGCGCCCCGUCAUCAUUCACCGCGCCAUCCUCGGCUCCAUUGAGCGGAUGUGCGCCGUCAUCAUCGAGCACACCGGCGGCAAACUGCCCUUUUGGCUCUCGCCUAGACAGUGCAUCGUCCUCCCAAUAUCCGACAAAGUCAACGACUACGCCGCGUCCGUCAGAGACACGCUUCACAGCUUCGGUUACGAAGUCGGGCUCGAUGUGUCGAACAACACGGUCAACAAGAAGAUCCGCGAGGCCCAGCUGCAGCAGUGGAAUUACCUCCUCGUCGUUGGCGAGAAAGAGCGCGCGGAUAAGACCGUGACGGUGCGCGAGCGCGCUGAUCCUGAGCAUCAGAAAGUCCUCUCUAUGGAGGACCUUUUGCUGCUGCUCGAGAAGCAAGGCAUGCCGAACUCGCGAAAGACUUUGACUGUAAGUCCACGCGAUCCGAGAGGGGGGAGGCCGCCCAGAUUCUGUCAUUGGAUGCGCUUCCAGGGCUAUGCAGUUGAAGCAGGCUUGUGCGCGCGGCGUGCACACCAGCAUAAUUUUUCUUGGCUCAGCUACACCCAGAGAGAUGCAGCAUCAUUCGGGGCGAGGGUGGGGUCACGGCGACUCCGCAGAGAAAAGAAGAGAAAAAGGCAGGACUGA